CGCUCCAUAAAAGCAGGUAUAAAGCAAGAUUUGAGGCCAGCCAGUCUAGCCUGGAUAUAAAGGCACAAUACUUUUAAGUUUGAGGCGCAUCAUUCAAUAUCGAAGGGGGGCAAGCCUCUUCUAAUUUUACCCCCAUCACAUUGUCGCCCUAGAAGAUGAUCGAACAUACUUACCUUCUUCUCUUCAGUGCUGCCUUGUCGGAGUCACAGGUCCCCGCUUCUGGGAGCAAAACUUGGAUGGAGAUCAACAAAGAAAACAUUCCUCGGGGGAUUCCUAGCGCUCUGGGUACCGGAUGGCCGGUAGGCAAUCAAUCACUGGAGGGGGCUUACUUGGCUCAGCAGCUGUAUCUGCUAUCGUUGGAAUGCAACGUUCUAGAUAACUUGAUGGCUUGUGAAAACCAGUCAGGCGAUCCUGCACAUCCACCAGGAAAUGUAGAACGUCACUAAGAAGCUGGCCGGGGUGGAAGGAAACAAUCCCUUUCCCAGUGUCACUGGGAGGACCUUGUCAGGAGGAUC